UGUUGUUGGGCUCCUGCUUAAGCUGAACCAUUGAGAGAAAGCAAUGAUGGAGAGAAAUCAGGAUGAGAAGGCAAAGUAUUUAAACAUGUGGCAGAAAUAGAUGUUCUGGAUAAAUAUACCAGCAGCAUCGAAAGUGAGCAACAAAAAUAAUCCACUUUAAUGUGGUUCGGAGUAUAGUGUGGCAACCUGUCGAUUAAGUGUGAUUUCAGUUAGACUCACAUUUAACGAAGAGUAAAGUUUCAGAUGGCGACGUGAAUUUGAGAAGAGUAAAUGACUGCAGUUGUUUUGGAGUAACACUUGAGGUGGAGAGUCGGUUCUCAGUCACGUGCUGGUGAUGGAUACCUGGAAGCCGAAUCCGCGGGCCAAGCCUUUCAUCCCCCGCCAGCAGCGCAGCCUCUACCUCACCUGGAAGUACAAACUGACCAACAAGAGAGCCGUUCGACGGCUCUGCCAGACAGGUGCGGUGGUGUUCUUGCUGGUAACAGUGAUCAUCAAUAUUAAGCUCAUAUUGGACACCCGGAGAGCUGCAAUAGAGGAGGAAGCAGUGCAAGAAUAUGAUGAAGCCCUGUCCAAUAUGGAGACCCCUCGGCGACCUCCCAGUGGCAGGAAGGUCCUGGAUAUUGAGGUGUAUUCCAGCCGCUCCAAGGUCUACGUGGCAGUGGAUGGCACCACUGUCCUGGAGGAUGAAAUGCGAGAGCAAGGCAGAGGAAUCCAUGUGAUAGUUCUUAAUCAAGCCACUGGACAUGUGAUGGCAAAGCGUGUAUUUGAUACCUAUUCUCCCCAUGAAGAUGAAGCAAUGAUCCUCUUCCUGAACAUGGUGACUCGUGGGAGAGUGCUCAUCUUCACCAUUAAGGAUGAAGGGUCUUUCCAUUUAAAAGAUGCUGCAAAGAACCUGUUGAAAGGGCUGGGCAGUCAGGUGUCCACCUCCCUGAGCUGGAGGGAUAUGUGGACUUUGGUUGUGAAGAAAGGAGGCCAAGUAUAUGGGGAGAAGCAUUCCAAAUCACCUGCUUUGUCAACGUGGGGAGACCCGGUGCUACUGAAGACGGAGGUGCAGUUAACAGCGUCCGAAGAUGCUGAAUGCCACUGGCCUGAUACCGAGCUGAACCGGCGAAGGAAACUUUUCUGUAGUAAAGUGGAAGGCUAUGGCAGCAUCUGCAGCUGUAAGGAUCCAGCCCCCAUUGAGUUCAACCCUGACCCAUUACAAGAUAAUAAAGUAUAUAAUGUUCCUGUGGCAGUAAUUGCAGGAAACCGACCCAACUACCUCUACAGGAUGCUCCGGUCCUUGCUGUCAGCUCAUGGAGUCAAUCCCCAGAUGAUCACAGUCUUUAUUGAUGGGUACUACGAGGAGCCCAUGGAUGUGGUGGAUCUGUUUGGACUGAAGGGGGUUCAGCACACGCCUAUCAGUAUCAAGAAUGCCAGAGUGUCCCAGCAUUACAAAGCCAGCCUGACUGCAACAUUCAACUUGCAUCCAGAUGCCAACUUUGCAGUUGUCUUAGAAGAGGAUCUCGACAUCUCUAUUGAUUUCUUCAGUUUCCUGAGUCAGACAAUUCACCUGCUAGAUGAGGAUGAGAGUCUGUACUGUAUCUCGGCCUGGAAUGAUCAGGGCUAUGAGCACACUGCUGAGGAUCCUUCCCUGCUGUACCGUGUGGAGAGCAUGCCUGGGCUGGGUUGGGUCUUGAAGAAAUCUCUAUACAAGGAUGAACUGGAACCCAAGUGGCCAACUCCAGAGAAGCUGUGGGACUGGGAUAUGUGGAUGAGAAUGCCGGAGCAGAGGAAGGGCCGGGAGUGCAUCAUUCCUGAUGUCUCUAGGUCUUACCAUUUUGGGAUAAUUGGACUGAAUAUGAAUGGAUACUUCCAUGAAGUGUACUUUAAGAAGCAUAAGUUCAACACUGUUCCCAAUGUCCAGCUGAAGAAUGUGGAUAGUCUGAAGAAAGAUGCUUAUGAAAUAGAGAUCCAGAGACUGCUUGGAGAGGCGGAGCUGCUGGAUCACAGUAAGGACCCCUGUGAGGACUCCUUCAUCCCCGACACUGAGGGGAAGACCUAUGUCAUGUACAUUAAAAUGGAGGAGGAAACUGAUACUGCCACAUGGACUGAGCUAGCCAAGUGCCUGCAUGUGUGGGAUUUGGAUGUACGUGGGAAUCACAGGGGAAUGUGGCGCUUGUUCCGGAAGAAGAAUCACAUCCUGGUCAUCGCGGUUCCCGUGUCUCCUUAUUCUGUGAAGAAGCCUGUACAAUUAACACCCAUUCACUUAGAACCUCCUCCAAAGGAAGAGGGAGCCCCCAUGGAGCAAACAUAGUAUCCAAGGGCUACAAUGUGCCCAGCUGGACUUUGCAACAGCCGUACAACCACUAUCCCAGCAAUCCUGGGUCUUCCAGGGGAGACGUCAGAGGGAUCCAUUCAAAACACUGAGCCCAUGGGAUUCACAAGACAGAAGUACCUCAAGUGAUUUUUUCUGCGCUUUACAUUACAUUUUAAAUAAUGAUACUAAUUUUUUAGGGAGAAGAGUUAUUUUCUAAAGAUAGCUCUGGUAUGCUGUAACAGACUCUAAUGAACAAGACAUGAGGGAAAGGCAAAGCCCUGGUGUGAGUGUGAGGGAAAAGUUUCCAAAUUUUCACUCAUUUUGAAAUAUCAGGAUUUGUGUGGCAAGUGUACAAAGUAGGGGAACAGGGAUACAGUUGUUUCAGGUGAAGGCACUUGGAAUGCAGGGUAUCCCGAUUCUAGUCCAUGCUUGGCAUGUCUAUGUGAUUGUAAAUAAAGUCUUCUUUUGAAGUUGCCCAGACAUCGCACCACAGAAGCUACACAGGCAUGUGUCUUCUACAGCCUUAUUAAACCUUUAGAUGGAGAUGGCAGUGAAAAAGAGGUGCUAUGGUCUCUACUUGGUAGUUCUGUUGUCUGAACUCACAGGACAACUGUGGAUAUUAAAAUCCCUUUGCCGCCAAAACAUUAGCUAUGAAGAAAUGAGUGCACUAUUCAUCUUGUACAUAUAUUGUAACUAAUGUCUAUUUAUUUAACCAGUACCAGCCAGUGUGGUGUUUUAUUUUUGACUAGUAUUAUUUAAACUGCUAGUACAAGAAAAAAAAUAAAAACAGCUGUAAUGACUGCCUUUGUCUGCAAAUUUAAAAUUACAAUGCAUAUCUGUAUUUUGGGGGAAAUUUUAGUGGCCUAUCCUGCAGUAAUAGCUUACAGGUUUAAUGCUAAAUUGGAACUGUGGUUAUUUAAUUUAUCUUUUCAUUUUGAUGAGAAUGUUUCAGGUAGAAUAUGGAUCAUAUGGAGAGUAGCUUGAAUGACUAACACUUGAACACUGCAUAACAUCACUGUUAAUAUUUAACUUGCUAACUAAUAACUGUAGUAGUGGUGUUUCCUGUGUAUGAACAGAAUACUUGUUUACAGAAGUGAUUUAUUGCCUAGGGGUAAUAAACAUUUCAUCUUUCAUUUCUGAAGAUCAAAAUGUCUAUAAAGUUUUACUUGUUUACCAUCUAAAUUAUAACAUAGUAUGAAUGUUAAUGAAAUGUAGAGUGCAACAUGUAAGUAGAACACAACUUCUUAAUAAUGUAGUUAAUAAUUUUGCAUAUUAAAAUUUUUAAAUCAUCGACUCCUAAUUUACAAAGUUUAUAAAGUAACACUAUUAUUUGCAUUAGUAGUUGGGAAUCUUUAGAGUCCAGUAUGGUCCAAAUGAAUCCUCUUUCUUGGAUGAGCUUUCCCAGUUCAUGGUUUGGAUUGGCAGUCCAUAGACUUAAAUAGUAAAAGUCUUAAGCACAUAUUCUGUUGACGUUUAAAUAAGGAAAAAAUAAUCACAUAAGAAUUAGUUUCCGCAUUCAUAUUGUUUGAAAGUCUCUUGUUCUUUGUGUAUGGUUUUACUUGUUUUCUUAUAAAGAUUAAUGUAUGAUCACAGUUUUGUAUGCAGUGUGCUAAUGUGCUGUUCUUUCAGCUACCGCCAUGCAUAAUGUUGUCUUUAUCAGCUGAUAAUGACCCAGAGACAUUUCUGAUUGUACAGUUUUAUAGAAGUCUGGCAUGAUUAUCUGUAUGGUUCUACACUACAAUUUUUUUCUUGUCUUAAUAAAAAAAACUUAAUUUUA